CACCGCCCACCACCACGACGCCCGCCCUCGUCGCACCCCCCAUAUGUACUGAUCCCUCGCCACGCCGCACCGUCCGCCCCCAUCCCUCCACAUUGGCCUGCACCGCCGCGUAGAGCCUUUCUGGCUCAGGCUGUCGCCUUCCCUGCCGCUCCUCCGCAGCAUCCCAGACGACAAGCACCAUGACGCUGCAACCCCCCCAGGAGCCCGACGAGACCGAGGUGUCGCAUCCCCAGAAGCGCAUCCGCUGGGCAACACACCGCGCGACAGGCACCAAGGCAGCCAACAAGCGCAACUCGCUCAAGGAACGCCUGCACCGGCGCAUCGGCUCGGGAGGAGAGAAGCGGGACUCGCUGGGCAAGGAAGAUGGCUCCCAGGGCGACCACUCGCUCGAAAGCUCAGACGGCGAUGCCGACAUGCCCGAAGAACAACAUGACGCAGGCCGGCGAGUCUACUUCAACGUGCCCUUGCCGCAAUCCGAGCGCGACGACGAAGGCCAUCCCAUCGCACAGUAUGCCCGCAACAAGAUACGAACCGCAAAAUACACGCCCCUCAGCUUCGUCCCUAAGAACCUGUGGUUCCAGUUCCACAACAUUGCAAACGUCUACUUCUUGUUCAUCAUCAUUCUGGGUAUCUUCUCCAUCUUCGGUGCCUCGAACCCUGCCCUCAAUGCAGUGCCCCUCAUUGUCAUUCUCGUCGUCACGUCGAUAAAAGAUGCCGUCGAAGACUGGCGCCGAACCGUCCUCGACAUGGAGCUGAACAACGCCCCGGUCCACCGCCUCAUCGACUUCAACAACGUCAACACGGCCGAAGACUCGGUCUCACUCUGGCGCAGAAUCAAAAAGGCCACCACCAAGAGCAUCAUCACAACAUGGCGGCUACUCAAGGGCCUCAAGGGCGGCAAGGGUGCAAAAGGCAAGCAAGGAAGCAACCAGGGCGCUGAUGGCCCGGGACCUUCGAUUGACACACGGCGCGCCUCGGUCGUGUCGCACAGGGAGUCGUACAUGGGAAAUGAGGGCGAUAUUCAAAUGACACCUGUGCCUUCGCCGCUUCCAGGCCAGUCGCCGUCUUGGCCUACUGGGCCAGGCGCCGAUGACAAGAUUCGUGGCGUCGAUGCCAAACCCGAAGUGCAGCAGAAGUUUUGGGGCAGCGUGCUCAACCCUUACAAAUCCGCCCCCGAAAAAGCCCGCUUCAAAAAGGACGCCUGGAAGAACGUGCAGGUGGGCGAUUUUGUGCGUCUAUACAACAACGAGGAAAUCCCCGCCGAUGUCAUUGUGCUCUCCACGUCUUCCGACGACGGCGCCUGCUACGUCGAAACCAAGAACCUCGACGGCGAAACGAACCUCAAGGUGCGCAAUGCCCUGCACUGCACGCGCGAUGUACGACACGCUCGCCAUUGCGAACGUGCCGAGUUCGUUAUUGAAAGCGAGGGCCCUCACUCGAACCUCUAUUCGUACAGUGCAGCCAUCAGGUGGCAGCAGCACAACGCAAAGGACCCCGAGGCGCCCCUGUACGAAAUGGUCGAGCCCAUUUCCAUCAACAACCUGGUCCUCCGUGGAUGUCAAUUGCGAAACACGGAAUGGAUUCUUGGAAUCGUCGUUUUCACUGGUGAGGAAACCAAGAUUAUGAUCAAUUCCGGCAUCACGCCUAGUAAGCGAGCCCGAAUCUCCAAGGAACUCAACUGGAACGUCGUGUACAACUUCAUCAUCCUGGCCGCCAUGUGUCUGGUCUCUGGAAUUGUACUGGGAGUUACUUGGGGUCGAAACGACACUUCACACUCGGUCUUCGAGUACGGAUCCUAUGGAGGCGCCCCUGCCACAGAUGGUGUCAUUGCCUUCUGGGCUGCUGUCAUUCUCUUCCAGAACUUGGUCCCUAUCUCUCUCUACAUCACACUGGAAAUUAUUCGCACCCUGCAAGCCCUCUUCAUCUACAGCGACAUCAACAUGUAUUACGCAAAGCUCGACUAUCCUUGUACGCCCAAGUCGUGGAACAUCUCGGAUGACGUCGGGCAGAUUGAAUACAUCUUCUCGGACAAGACGGGAACCCUUACCCAGAACGUCAUGGAGUUCAAAAAGGCGACCAUUAACGGUGUUCCCUACGGAGAAGCAUACACAGAAGCCCAGGCUGGCAUGCAGCGAAGACAAGGUAUCAAUGUCGAGGUCGAGGGCGCCAAGGCUCGCGAUCAGAUUGCAAGGGACCGUGCGCGUAUGCUUGAGGGCAUCCGGAAGAUGCACGACAACCCUUACCUGUGGGACGACGAUCUUACUUUUGUUGCUCCGGACUACAUUGACGACCUCCGUGGGGAAUCUGGCCUGGAACAGAAGAGGGCCAAUGAAGAAUUCAUGGUUGCUUUGGCCCUCUGCCACACCGUUGUUACCGAACGCACUCCAGGCGACCCCCCAAAGAUUGAAUUCAAGGCCCAGUCGCCCGACGAAGCUGCCCUCGUUGCUACCGCCCGUGAUGUUGGCUUCACAUUUGUAGGCCGUGAGGACGACCGGCUCAUCGUCAACGUCUCGGGAGAGGAACGCAGGUACCAGGUUCUCAACACACUCGAGUUCAACUCUAGCAGGAAGCGAAUGAGUGCAAUUAUCCGUAUGCCCGACAACAGGAUCAUCCUCUUCUGCAAGGGAGCCGACAGUAUGAUCUACUCCAGGCUGAUCCCCAACGAGCAGCGACAGCUCCGUGCCGACACAGGAGAGCACUUGGAGAUGUUUGCAAGAGAGGGACUGCGAACGCUGUGUAUCGCUCAAAGAGAAAUCUCCGAAGAGGAGUACCAAGAGUGGAACAGGGAUUACGACAUUGCUGCCAAUGCUAUCCAGGGACGUGAGGACAAGCUGGAGGAAGUGUCUGAUCGCAUCGAAAACCACCUCUGGCUCCUCGGAGGAACCGCCAUCGAGGACCGUCUUCAAGAAGGUGUCCCAGAGUCCAUCUCGCUGCUUGGUCAAGCCGGUAUCAAGCUCUGGGUUCUGACGGGUGACAAGGUGGAGACUGCCAUCAACAUUGGCUUCUCGUGCAAUCUGCUCGACAACGACAUGGAUCUCAUCAUUCUCAAGGUUACCGACGAUAGGAUCGAAUCUGUAGAGGCCCAGCUUGACGAGAAGCUAAGGAUAUUUGGCCUUGAGGGAUCCCAGGAAGAGCUCGAUGCUGCUCAAAAUGACCACGAGCCACCCCCACCUACACAUGCUAUCAUCAUUGACGGAGACACACUCAAGUUGGCUUUGGACGAUUCCAUCAAGAGAAAGUUCCUUUUGCUUUGCAGGAGGUGCCGAUCUGUUUUGUGCUGCAGAGUCAGCCCCAGCCAAAAGGCAGCUGUUGUCAACAUGGUCAAGACUGGGCUCGACUGCCUGACUCUGGCCAUUGGAGACGGUGCCAACGAUGUUGCUAUGAUCCAGGAAGCACACGUUGGCGUUGGUAUUGCCGGUGUCGAGGGUCGAGCGGCUGUCAUGUCUUCUGAUUACGCAAUUGGUCAAUUCCGCUUUUUGACUCGCUUAGUGCUUGUCCAUGGCAGAUGGUCGUACCGCAGGCUUGCGGAGACGAUUGCCAACUUCUUCUACAAAAACAUCAUUUGGACGUUUGCUCUCUUUUGGUACCAAAUAUAUACCAACUUCGACAGCCAGUACAUUUUCGAUUACACGUACAUUAUUUUCUUCAACUUGGCCUUUACGUCACUGCCAGUCAUUGUCAUGGGUGUUUUGGACCAGGACGUCGAUGACAGGGUGUCUUUGGCGGUUCCACAGCUCUAUCGUCGUGGCAUUGAGCGCAAGGAAUGGUCGCAACCAAAGUUCUGGGCUUAUAUGGUUGAUGGUAUCUACCAGUCGGCCAUCGCCUUCUUCUUCCUGUACGAGAUCUUUGCGCCUGCAACAUUCGCCACCUCGAACGGACUGGACAUUGCCGAGUACCGACGCAUGGGCAUCUAUGCUGCUACCACCGCUGUCUGUGCCGCCAACAUCUAUGUCCUGUACAACACUUACCGAUGGGACUGGCUUAUGGUCCUGAUCGUCGUCAUCAGUACCCUUUUUAUCUGGCUCUGGACCGGCAUAUACACGUCCUUCACUUCAAGUCAGCAGUUCUACAAGGCUGCUUCCGAAGUUUACGGUAAUCUUAAUUUCUGGGCGUACAUUCUGUGCGCUCUGACAGCUUGCUUGCUUCCCCGCUUCAUCUUCAAGGCUACGCAAAAGAUGUACUUUCCAAUGGAUGUCGAUAUCAUCCGAGAACAAGUCAAGCAAGGAAAAUUUGACUACCUUAAUCAGACGACUUCCUACAUUCCUCCGCCCCCCGAAAAGGCAGCGCCAGAAGUCGAGACCCCUCCUGAAGCCGAUCCUACCAAAUACAAAGCCGCGCAUGCCAGUCCUGCAGAUGAGGAUGUACGACCAAUAUACCCUCCUUCGGUUGCUCCCACGGCCACCACACAUAAUCCAAGAAGUCAAAACGGUAGUAAUAGCACCGACUACACGUUCCGUCGAUCCAUGGAAGGCCUCCCACCAGCACCAAGUUCAGACGGUCCUCCACUUGCCCCGCGUAUGUCGACCGAGUGCCGAGUCCGGCCGAGCUUUGACCGUGCGCGCAUGUCGAUGGAUCGCGUGCGCCCUAGUUUCGAGCAGAGCAACGACUUCACUUCAGCAGCCAUGCUGACACGUCUGGAGUCAUCGCACAGCCGGCCUAGCUACCAGGGCCACCGAAACAGCUACCAAGGUGUGGCUCCUGGCUCCAUGGCCAACAUGAAUAACGACCCUACCGCACAACCCGCGGUCAUGAGCCGGUUGCGCAACGCAAUACGGAGGGCGACCAUAACACGCGAGGAGGCUCCAGAACACCUCCAAUCAAACGACGACGUACCAGAAGUGCCCGCGGUGCCUAAAUCGCCGCCAAGGAGUCCGCCCAGGUAGUAAUAAGAAGUACACUGCGGCGAUGACCUGAUUAAUGUAAUUUGUGGAGAAAGCAAAAAGAACUUUUAAGGGAUGAAAUGAAUUGCAUAGCGUGCGCCGGGCCCCUUGCCCAGUCUUUUUUUUCUUUUUUUCUUUUUCUGUUUCUACCUCUAUAUAUCCAUCUAUACCUCUCUCUCUCUCUCUCUACCUAUGUGAGUGUUUGCUUCUAUCCAGACUCUUUCAUUUUCUUCAUCUUUUUUUUCUCUUUCUCCUUGCUCUAUCUUUGGUUUUUUGUUGUUGUUUCGACUAUUAACGAGUGCCUCCUAUCUCUCUUCCUCCUCACGACUCCCUCCCACACUACCUCUACCACCUCUUCAC